GUCUGAAGAUCCAAAUGGUAAGGUUCAUGCAAACCCGUCAUUGUACUGCUGCCCGAACACUCUCAACAGAGCAAUUUUGGGCAUGAGCUCUGUGGACACAAAUUCAAGCAUGCCACAGCUGUAUGGAUACUAUGAUUCUUGAAAGGCUUUGAACUGCACGGCCUAGGUGAGCCUAGGAACUUCCUAUAUCCGAUUCAGGCACGUUCUGGAAAUUACCAUAGUCCAUGCUGCCCGAGCUUCACCUGCUGAUGCUGAAUUUCUCUCAACUCUUGCUGAGUUUUUGUACUAAUGUUGAUAUAGUUCUGUUAUCUCUUAUUAACUGCUGUUGCGCAAAACAGUUGUAGUUUGGUGUACCGAUGUCUUUCUGACGACAGUACUAUGUUCUUUUUCCAACGACUGACUAUCAUCUUCGCCUGAAAAAUCAAGGUCGUGCUGCCCGCUUUCAGGUGAAAAGUGAACAAGAAAACUGGAUUCAUCAGCAGGGUCACCCCGUCGUCAUCGUCUUGCUGAACAGGGAAAUGAGAAAUGACAUCGGCGUUGCCGCCCAUACAUUUUACGUCAUUGCUUAAGUAGUCUGACGAGCAGAUGAGCACUGGAUUUCCAGUUAUAUUUUUAGAUUUAUCCUGCAAGUCUGAUGACAGGUUUACGUGACGCCAGUGCAUUAGAGGAAAGCGAUCAGCUUUCAACAUCAGCAAUUAGCAGCAAAGCAGCAGGGAGGAUAAGCUUGGAAUGCCCUGGUAGCGAGAGGGUGCACCGGCAGCCGGCGUCCAUGGUGGAGAGGGAGAUAGACGAGGAAGAAGCCAUUGCCCUCAUCGGCGGCGGCGGCGGACAGCUGCAGCAGGAGGGAGCGGUCCCCGACGCGGCGGAGGGCGAGAGGGACGGCGAGGAGGGAGACGCGGAGGACGACGGACAGGAGGAGGAGGAAGGUCGGGACGACGUGGAGGGGUGGUCGGAGAUAAGGCUGGCCAUCGAGGAGCUGUCCCCGGCGCGGCUCAUCAAGCACCGCGGCGGCGGCGGCGAUGACGACAAGCCGGCCACGCCGUCCCCGCCCACGCUGCCCUUCCUGGCCCUGUCCCACCUCCUCCUCCGCGUGCUCGAUAAGAUCGGCCCGACCAUGGCCGUGCUGCGGCUCGACGUCCAACGGAACAUUGAGAGGCUGCAGGAGCUGUACUUGUUGGACCCAGCCAAGUACUCCACUCUAACAGAGAUAGUGGAGAAGGAGGUCGAGGAGGGCACUGCAAGGAAGGUCGAUAGCUGUGCAAGGGCUGUCCUGUGGCUUACUAGAUCCAUGGAUUUCACAAUUGCGCUAUUACAGAGAUUAGAGGAGGACCCUGACCAGCAGAGCCUUGUACAGCUUGUCGAAGCUGCGUACGAGGUCAGCCUAAAGCCAUGGCACGGCUGGAUCUCCUCGGCGGCAUGCAAGAUAGCACUGAAGCUCAUCCCUGAGAGGAAGAUCUUCACCGGCUUGCUCCUAGGGAUGGGUCAAGACUGCUCCGCUCUGAAGGAUGAGAUCGAGAAGCUCGCGUUAUUGCUCCGGCCCCUCCUUGAUGACAUCCACUCCAUGAUGGCCACGUUCAGACUGGACAGGCUCAAGUCGACAUGAUCCAUGGCAUUGGCAAAGCCAAUGUCCCAAGCUAUCAGUUGCCGUUCUGUGAAUAUUGCCCCGAUGGUAUUUGCCAGUCCUGUAAAUGUUCCAUGUCCGUUUUGCAGCAGCUGUUCUUGUUAGGUAGAUCCUGGUCUGAUCUGUAGCCUGUACAUAGGUCUUUGCUUGUAGAGUAUACUGUAAGACCUGCAUUCAGUGCCUUCUUUGUACAAAUUAUGUCCUGAUUCCUUGUUUGGAAUUUGGAUCCCUUUCCUAGCUCCAGAUUGAUGUAGCUUUCAGGGUGAUCCAAAUCUGAGGAGAGACUGUAAACACGUGUGCCCUUAAUGCCAUGCACGGCAUAAUAAAUCGAGAAAAAAAAAGUUCAUUCUA